AUGACCCUUUUUUAUGAAUGAAUUGAAAGCACCGAGUGCAUGCAUAACCUAGCUUGAGAAUUUUGUUUCUUUUAUUUCUUUUGUUUUUGAUGAGCAUGGAAUAAUAAUUUAUGUACAUUCGAGCGCAUAACUAAUAAAUAGCAUUACUCAAAUGGAGUUUCUUGAUUUCUUCAUGGUAGCAACAAGUACCAUAGGCUUCAUCUUAGUAUGCAAAAAUGUCUUGUAUUUUGUGAAGUGGGUAUGGGGAAUGUUCUUAAGGGCUCCAAAGAAUCUAAAAGAGUAUGGUUCAUGGGCCAUGAUCACUGGAUCCACCGAUGGAAUUGGCAAAGCCAUGGCACAUGAAUUGGCAUCUAAGGGUCUCAACCUUCUCUUGGUUAGUAGAAACCCUAAAAAGCUUGAAGCCACAUCCAAUGAAAUAAGAGACAAAAAUAGUGGCAAUGUUGAAAUAAAAUGUUUAGCAAUUGAUUUUGCAAAAGAAAAUGGAGAGGAAAUUAUGAAAAGGGUUGAGGAAGAAAUUGAGGGUUUGGAUGUGGGUAUUCUUGUAAAUUGUGCUGGGUGGACACAUGCUUAUGCUAGGUACUUUCAUGAGGUUGAUUAUGAGAUGAUAAAUGGUACCAUAAAAGUUAAUGUGGAAGGAACAAUUUGGGUCACAAAGGCAGUGAUUCCUAGUAUGAUCAAGAAGAAGAAAGGAGCAAUCAUAAACCUUGGAUCUGGUUCUACUUUUCUUCUUCCAUCAUAUCCCUUGUUUACCGUCUAUGCUGCUACUAAACGAUCUGUGGAAAUGUUCUCGAGAUGCAUUAACUUGGAAUACAGGCAUAAAGGAAUUGACAUCCAGUGUCAGGUUCCAUUAUAUGUGUCAACGAAGUUAACAAAGCUGGGAACUUCUGUGUUUGUUCCAACGCCAGAGAAGUAUAUAAAAUCAUGCACAAGAUGGAUUGGGUAUGAAACUGUGGUGGUGCCUUACUUGCUACAUUCUCUUCAGGCAUUUACAGUGAGGGCAAUUCCUGAGACAUUUGUUGAUUCCUAUAUGCUGCGUUACUUUCUCUAUUGGCGCAAAAAAGGACUCUUCAAAGACGCUAAAAUUAAAGCAUUGGAAGCAUCCAAGUCCUAAGCAAAAAAUAAUUAACAUAGUGAUGAUAUAGUCAUAAAUAAAUUAGUUUGGUACACUUUGCGUAUGAGAUUUGAUGGUUUACCUGCUUGCUAUUAUUAAUUCAAAAAAGCUCUACAUUCAUAUAAUUUUUUUAUUCAAGCUACUCAAGUAACUUUUUUCACACGCGCGUUCCCCUUUCCUGAGUCGUUUGUUAUACACGCGUCUCAUAUAACGUAAA